AUGGCUUCCCCGGCUGUUCAGCUCGGCCAGCUGAAUGCAGCCCGUAAUCUCGUCCUCAGCGACGCCGCCCUCUACCCAGAUGUCGUGAACGGGAUCCUACCUAUCAUCGGACCCAAAUCGAGAAUUGAAUUGCGACGAUGGGGCGCAGACUUCAUGGCAGAGACCUUCGCUAGCCCGGUUCUGUCGACGGCACUGAAGGAGCAGUUUGCGCCCAACGUGCUCCAGACUGUUCAAGAGAUCUUGGCCCUUCCCGAGACAGACACGGCGGUGCUACAGAGCUUGGUUCAGGCCGCAGCCAGCCUCUAUCCAUUGAUAUUUCGGCAUAUCGUGAAUCAUCCGGAAGAUACGAAGUCAUGGGAAGCAAUGAACACGAUUAAGCAGGAUAUCUUGCGCAAGAUGGACUCGUUUCAAUGCUCGAUCAAGAUUUGCUGUGUCAAGUUUCUGCAGCGUGUCGUCCAAGUUCAAACGCCUGGCACUGCGGACCCAAGGCGACCGGAUCAAAACGAGACGUCUCUCGCGAUUGUCCCUCGAAACCACGCCGUUCUCACAAUCCCCCACCUUGAAGCCGAAGCUUCGGGACUGCUUGACCGAUUGCUGGGUGUUUUCCAAGAAGAAACAUGCGAUGCGCUUCUCGUGAACGCAACCUUGAAUUGUCUCGCCCCCCUCAUCCGCACGCGCCAGUCCAUCUCGAAUAAGAUCAUCAACACCGUUCUAGACUUCUUCCCCGCGAAGCAUGUGCGCCCGCCAUUCACACCCACCGUCCGUGUCAACGUGAAGUCUAUGGAGCGGACGGCAAGGGCAUUGCUUAUCAACGUCAUGAGGAAGCAACCGGCCAAUCCUCACAUGAGUAAAAUGCAGCUGUACAUUGAGCGUUUGAUGCAAUCACGGCUCGACUCAGUAGAGGAUCCAUCCCGCAAGCGUGGUCACCCUAGUGAGCCCACCGACGGCUUGGAUAAUGCGAAACGGGCUCGUCUGGACGCGCUUACUCCUCCCUUAAUGAAGAUCCCGCCUCUGCCUCCGGGUCCAACGAGCUUCAACCAGCUCUUCACCCUCACCCAGGACGCUGGCCUUUCAUCGUUUGACGUCAAACAACUUCCACAAGAUAUUCUGGUGAAAAUUACUGUGCCUCUUCUUGCACAGGUCAACCAGUCUAUGCUUACGCAAGCUGUGGAGGCUGUCCGGAAUCGACUCCAGACCAUCACCAAGGAACAAACCUUGAAACUCCAGCAACUGAACCCGCACCAAGGUACCGCCGCCGACGACGACGAUGACGAUUACGAGCCCUCAUUCGAGCCAGCGGACAUACCUGACAGUGCUGAUAAAGAGGCCGCUGCUAUUGCGGAUGAUGCAGUAGACCUCCAUCCGGAUCUGGUCUCUCUGGGUCCAUUCGUUCUGCCGCAGCCACCCCCUCUUACCGAAGAGGAAGCAAUUGACGUGGGCCGUAGUGCCGUGGCCCGUGUGUUCAGCAUGAUUACCCAGCCGGAAGCUGCCCCGUCGACAGCAAAGACAAAUAAUCAACAGCUCGGCUUCGCCAGAUUGGCUGGAAGCACAUUCGAUCGAGAUGCCUGGGUUGUGCUGCUCGCCCGACUUGCCACCCGUGCACCAGCAGGACUGGAAGGGGAUGGCAAGUCAGCCGUUGCAUCACGACGACAGACGACCAUCGCUGAUUCCAUCCGUGAGACUCUGUAUCGGUUCAUCCUAGAGGACUUCCGGGGUAGACUCAACAUGGGAAUUACCUGGCUCAACGAGGAGUAUUACAACGACCGCGUGCAGAUGAAAGCUGUUUCUCGUCAACACGAGGACGAUGAGGAUUCUCAGCCCCAUGUGCCACUCCAUUAUGACAAAUGGGUUCUGCGACUCCUGGACGGAUUCCUUCCGUACUUGGAUUCAAAGGAUACUAAGGUGCUGGUGCGCUUCCUCAGCGAGAUUCCCGAUAUUGUCCCCGAAGUCACGCAGCGAGUCGCCAGCCUGGCAAAGGACCCGGAACGUGUGAAUCUUUGCGUGCAGGCACUAAUGUACCUGGUCAUGUUCCGGCCGCCGGCCCGCGAGCUGUGUCUCAAUACGGUUGAAGAAAUUUACAACACAUACGAGGAAUCCCGCCCUGCGGCCGGAAAGGUCCUGUCGAGAUGGCGACCACAGGCGAUCCAACCAGCAGAGUCAGGUGCGAAUGAUGCAGCGGCCUCGCAAUAG